CUUGGACUUCGUUGGCAAAAAUGCAACUGACAACUUUCUUAAUAGCAAGUUUAAUACAUGUUAUCGAUGGUGCAAAAAUAUUGGGAUUUUUUGUGUCGCCAAAUGUAAAACCCGACUAUUAUUACCCUAUAUUUGAAGAGUUAGCCUUAAGGGGCCAUCAUGUCACUUUGAUAUCGCCGACAUUAAGGGACCAAUCGGAAAUAAAAAAUUUACAUGUGGAAGACAUUAGUUUUGUUUUGGAGGUUGGUGUAAACUUUACAAAUAUUAUAAAUGAAGGUAGUUAUACUUUCACGAAUACCAUGAAUAUGUUCGAGUUUUAUAGAGAUACCUUUAAAUUACUAUUAAAACGUGAUGAGGUAAAAACUGUUCUACAACAAAAAUUCGAUGUAGUUAUUGCUGAGCAUGUCACACCAUUGACUUUUAUUCCAAGUGUUUUAUCUGGAGCUACAACGAUUGGUUUUUCUGCAUCCAGUGGUCCACUACAUGCCCAUGAUUCCGUUAGUAACCCUACACACCCUGUGACUACCCCAUCAUCCAUUCUUAACAUGGAAGGGGAAUUAUCUUAUCAAGAUAGACUUAAUAGUGGUCUAUACAAUAUUUGGUAUAGGCUCUAUUAUAAUUUGUAUGAGCUUCCUAAGUGUGACAAAAUUAUUAAAGACUAUUUUGGGGCUAGCGGUCCUUACCUAGGCCAAACUGAAAAGAAUGUUAGUCUGCAGAUUUUCUAUUCUAACCCCAUUUUGGGUUUAAUAAGACCGAAUGUUGCCAAUGUAGUUGAAAUUAGUUUAGCAAACAUUAAAACAUCCACAUUGAAGGAUUCAGCUAUUAAAGAAUUUUUGGAUACAUCCACUCAUGGUAUCAUCUAUAUAAACUUGGAUUUUAAAGACAGCAAAAUAGAGAAGAGAAUUGUAAAAUUACUAUGCGAAUCACUAUCCCACCUACCUUACCAUGUUCUGUGGAAUUACAACAGCAGAAAAAAUAUGAAUUCCUUCAAAUUUAUGGUACGUCCAGAUCUUCCGCAAGCUGACAUUUUAGCUCAUAAAAACGUUAAACUUUUUAUUACCGAUGGUGAUAUACUAUCAAUCGAACAAUCAGUUAUCAAUGACGUACCAUUAAUUGGUAUACCAUUGUAUUUCGAUCAAAAACCCUACGUAAAUGUUAUAGAACGAAAACAAAUAGGAAAAGUUAUAGAUGCAAAGAACAUAACUGAACAAAUGUUAAAGAACACUGUUGUGGAGGUAGCAGAAUGCAAAAAGUUUAAAAAAAAUGUCCAAAAGGUGGGCUUUCUUCUCAGAGAAGAACCAGCAGGUUUACCAAAGAUUAUAUGGUGGAUAGAGUUUAUAAUACGACGGAAGGGGGCGACACAUAUAAGAAGUACAGCUCCUAACUACUACUUGUAUCAAUAUUACUUUUUAGAUAUUAUAGCUUUUAUGUUGUUUACAUUAGGAGUAUUAAUAUUUGUUAUUUAUUUUAUAAUUAACUUAUUUGUUAAAGUAGGAAGAAUGGCAUUUAAGUUAAAGUUAGAAUAAAUUAUUUUAUUAUUUAUAAUCCAAUAAUGUUGUCAC